CGACGCCCUCGCACGACGACACCACCGAUCAUGGCUCGCGUCAUCGCUUACGUCGCCCUCGCGCUCGCGCUCUGCGUCCUCGGCGCGGACGCCGCCGCCGUGGACCUCACGUCGAAGACCUUCGACAAGGAGGUCUUCGACUCCGGGAAGUCCGCGUUCGUGAAGUUCUUCGCUCCCUGGUGCGGCCACUGCAAGGCGCUCAAGCCGGCGUGGGACAAGCUCGGGGACGAGCACAAGUCCAGCAAGACCGUCGUCAUCGCCGACGUCGACUGCACGAAGGAGCAAGACCUGUGCCAAAAGUACGGCGUGUCCGGAUACCCGACGCUGAAGUACUUCACCGGCGCGACCGCCGCCACGGGCGACGCGUACAACGGCGGGCGCGACUUCGACACCCUCAGCGCGUGGGCGAAGGAUAACCUCGGCCCGUCCUGCGGCGCGGAGAACAUCGACCUCUGCGACGACGACCAGAAGGCGGCCAUCAAGGCGAAGAUGGCCAUGUCCGAGGCGGAUCUGGACAAGGAGGUCGAGGGGUUCGAGACGGAGAUGAAGACCGCGGAGACGGAGCUCGAGGAGCUGCUCAAAUCGCUUCAGGCGCAGUACGAGGCGGGGAAGCAGAAGAAGGACGACGUCACCGCGGACGUGUCCCCGAAGCUCGCGAUGCUGCGCUCGGUGAAGCGCGCCAAGGCGGCCGGGAAGACGGAGUUGUAAACUUCCGCCGUUCGAUCCGGUCCGAACCCUCUCUCGAGGGAGCGCUCCGGUCGGGGGGGAGGCUGGCGAGGCGGGCCUCUGGAGGGAGGGGAGGACGAUCGAUUCGACGUCACGUGACGGCCGCGCGCGCGCGAGCCUGAUUUGAUCGAUCGAUCACGCAUCGCGAUCGACAGACGCGUCGGAACGCCCUCCGUCCGUCGCCGGUUUUCCCGCGCGAGAAACGCGACGAAAGAGACGAAACGAAACGAAAGAAACGAAAGCGUCGC